CACUGUCAACAACGGCGACUCUUGGGCCCAUUUCAGCGACUAUAAAAAAAAGUUGAGCACCUUCCCGUGGCUUCCUCGUAUCCAAAGCUGCUCCUGUUCUUCCCACCUCGGACCCAAAUCAGCCCCCAAGAAUCCGACCAGCCUGUUCCCUGGUACUGGGUUUAGUUUAGGGGAGGAAUGGCGACCAAGAAGAGCGUGGGCACCCUGACGGAGGCGGAUCUGAAGGGGAAGAAGGUGUUCCUCCGCGCCGACCUCAACGUCCCGCUGGGCGACAGCCAGAAGAUCACCGACGACACCCGCAUCCGCGCGUCCGUCCCCACCAUCAAGUUCUUGAUGGAGAAGGGCGCCAAGGUCAUCCUGGCCAGCCAUCUGGGACGUCCAAAAGGUGUCACUCCCAAGUACAGCUUGAAGCCUCUUGUCCCGCGCUUGUCUGAGCUCCUUGGAGUUAAUGUUGUUAUGGCCAAUGAUUGCAUUGGUGAGGAAGUUCAGAAGUUGGCUGCUUCUUUACCAGAUGGAGGUGUUCUGCUUUUAGAAAAUGUUAGGUUCUACAAGGAGGAAGAGAAGAAUGACCCUGAAUUUGCCAAGAAGCUGGCAUCUGUUGCUGAUCUCUAUGUAAACGAUGCCUUUGGUACGGCACACAGAGCUCAUGCUUCAACCGAGGGAGUUACCAAGUAUUUGAAACCUGCUGUGGCCGGCUUCCUUAUGCAGAAGGAACUUGACUAUCUUGUUGGCGCUGUUGCCAACCCAAAGAAGCCAUUCGCUGCAAUUGUUGGUGGAUCAAAGGUGUCCACAAAAAUAGGGGUGAUUGAGUCUCUAUUGGCUAAGGUUGACAUCCUAAUCCUUGGUGGUGGUAUGAUAUUCACAUUUUAUAAGGCCCAGGGAUAUGCUGUAGGCAAAUCUCUUGUUGAGGAAGACAAGCUUGAACUGGCAACUUCACUUAUUGAGAAAGCCAAGUCAAAGGGGGUCUCACUCCUGCUUCCCACUGAUGUUGUAGUGGCUGACAAAUUUGCUGCAGAUGCUGACAGCAAGACUGUUCCUGCAUCAUCUAUCCCUGAUGGUUGGAUGGGCCUGGAUAUUGGCCCUGACUCUAUCAAGACUUUCAGUAAGACUUUGGAGACCACCAAGACUGUCAUCUGGAAUGGGCCUAUGGGAGUUUUUGAGUUUGAGAAGUUUGCAGCUGGCACUGAUGCGAUUGCCAAGAAGUUAGCUGAAAUCACUGCUAAAGGCGUGACAACCAUCAUUGGAGGUGGAGACUCUGUUGCUGCGGUCGAGAAGGCCGGGUUGGCGGACAAGAUGAGCCACAUUUCGACUGGCGGUGGUGCGAGCUUGGAGCUGCUGGAAGGCAAGACCCUCCCAGGUGUUCUUGCUCUUGACGAAGCGUAGGCUGGUCCUGCAGUAUAUACAUGGUGCAAAAUGCAAGUCCUCUUCUCCUGUCCAUUAAACUAGGCGUGUCUCUUCUAGUUUUGCCAGAUGAGUAGUGAAUAAAUUGGAGGUGUGCCCCGAACAAACUGAUAUGGUAUUGGAAUGGGAUGCGUUUUAUCCUUUCUUUACUCAAACCCUUUUUACAAUAGCCAUGCUUGGACUCUGGAAGUCUGGAUGCCAGCCACUCAGUUGGCUGUUUGGUACUUCACGGAUUUCAUGGUGACAUACCUCCGUGAAGACAAGUAUGUCGAACACAUUUGACUGAUGGUGGUGGUGCGAAGACAAGGGUGCAGGGCCUUCCAAGUGUCUUUGAUUUGGACUACACAUUUGCGUUGCCUAGAAGGUCUGUGUCAGAUGAACAAUGAAUAAAUUUUGCCCUUGUGCGCAUGGAGAUGUGCCCCGGGCAAACAGAUAUGUCACGGAUGUAUUAUUCGUUCUGCUGUAUAUCUAAAACCCUUUUACAGUACC